AUUGCUCAUAUUGCUUUCGAUGGUGGCGCCUCCCAGCCGGUUGCGUAAAAACGGGUUCGGGGCCGCCAUUGCUUGAGCUGUCCAUUGCCUCAGCUUAUGGUCUGGAAGCAUUUACUCGGUCGAGGUAAUCCGUUGUGAUCGUACUGGCGGCACAGUAUUUGUGCGAGGUUCAACGAUGAGCACAGGAAUUCCGUACUUGGGGAGCAAAAUAAGCCUAAUAUCGAAGUCAGAAAUUCGUUAUGAAGGCAUUUUGUACACCAUCGAUACGAGAGAGUCGACCGUUGCUUUGGCCAAAGUGAGGUCCUUUGGCACUGAAGAUCGCCCUACGGAUCGUCCUGUUGCCCCGAGAGAUGAAGUGUACGAGUACAUCAUCUUCAGAGCUCACGACAUCAAAGACCUUCGGGUGUCUGAGCCUCCCAAGCCACAGCAAACUUUGCCUGGGGGUCUGACUAAUGAUCCUGCCAUUGUACAUCACUCUGCUGCACCUGUGGCCGGUGGGCAGAGUGGUUUUCCAGCUCCGGGGUACAGCCAGCCAGCACCGUCAUAUGGUGCCGUCGGGACACUGCCAUCAUAUUCCGUGGCAUCUCAGUACACCCCUCAGCCUCAACAGCAGCAGUCGCAGCAGCUCCCUCAGGGCAUCGCCGCAUCGCAGCAGUCUGGCUCAGUUGAGCGUGCAGCGGAAUUGAGUGCCGCCGUACCCCCAGGGUCGCAGUCAGGCAACACAACUCCAGCACAGCGCAAGAGCCCGACGAUUGAUGCGGGGGUUCAGGUGUCGGCACCGCCUUCGGAAAGGCGUCAGGCACAGAGGGGCCAGGCCCAACAGGGCAUGGGCCCCCGCAGGCAACAGCCACAUCUCCAGCCACAUUUGCAGCAACAGCCACAUCUGCAGCAACACCACCAGCAGUACCAGCAACAUCCACAGAAUCAGCAGCAGAACCAGCCACACCAGCAAAAUCAGCAGCACCAGCAGAAUCAGUCGCACCAACAAAAUCAGCAGCACCAGCAGAAUCAGCCACACCAGCAGAAUCCACCACAGCAGCAGAAUCAGCAGCACCAACAAAACCAGCAUCAGCAGAACCAACAUCAGCAGAAUCAACAGCAGCAUCAGCAGAAUCAGCAGCAGCACCCACAGAAUCAGCACCUGAACCAGGGUCCCGGGAACCAGCAAAGGACUGUUGGGCGCCGAGGAGGUCCUGGCAGCAGUGGGACCAGUGGCAGCGGGGUGUCUUCCGGGGGUCGCCCACGCCAGACCAACUACCGCAACACCAAGCCCAAGGAGCCGCUCAAGUUUGACCGGGAGUAUGACUUCGAGCAGGCCAAUGCAGAGUUUCAGGAGCUGGAGAGCAAGCUGGCACAGACUAAGAUUGCUGAUGAGAAAAAAGAUGAUUCUGGGACCGAAACUCAAGUGGGAGACAACCAUGAUGAUGACGAUGUGGUCUACUAUGACAAGACCAAAUCUUUCUUUGACAACAUCAGUUGCGAGGCCAUUGAAAGAAGCAAGGGGAUGCAGAGGAUAGACUGGCGGCAAGAGCGCAAGCUGAACCACGAGACCUUCGGCAUCUCGGCGAACAAUUGGAUGCGGCGCAAUGCGUGGCGCGGGCGCGGUUCCGGGGGUUUCUGGCGGAGCGGACAACGCGGCGGUGGGCAGCGAGGAGGCGGACAGCGCGGUGGCAGUGCUGGUGGCAGCAGUGGCCAGCGCGGAGGAGGCAGAGGAGGUGCCCGACCCCGCAAUGGCGCAGUUUCUCGAGACGCCUGGUCAGUGGCUCCCCGAGCGGAAGCAAGUGGUGCCGUCGUCGACACUCCCUGGUCCUAAGCAUCUGUCCGAAGAGUCCAGCCUCCUAGCAGCAGCCUUACAACGGGGGCUUUGUACAGUCGCGCAACUCUGGGGAGGGAGGGGAACUGCCCUUACUUUGGCCACAGCAGCAGCUGUUCUACCGCAUUUGCCAUUUAGCACGGCUGCCCCUUAUGAUUUUGGAGUAGACUCGAAUUAUGUUGUAGAUUCCUCCUUCGUCUUCCUCCCCUCCCUACAAUCUUCGAGAUAUUUUUUUGUUUCUUUUUUUUUUUUUCCCCGUAGGGUUGUGGUUGGUGCAGGGUACCUGAAUUUUUAGUAGUAAGUGUACCCUUCCUUCCUGUAAACUUUUUUGCUUAGUUUUGUACUUGGUGCUGACGAAAUGUCUAGCUACAAAAUUUGUGCUAAAGGGUUAUUCCAUUGAAGCAAGCUUAAUGCUAACUUUUUUCUUCUGCUUCAGUCUGGGUAAUAUAACCCUGGUUUGUGUAAACUAAACCCAAGAGCAAGAUUGUGCAGAAGUUCCGUCGUGGAUUUUUUGAUGUUGCGUGAAGGGGCAUUUUACUUGCUGCUGUAAAGCGACAGCGCUUUUUUUUUUUUAUAUACGAAAUGUGUACCUUCUAUGAGGCUCCUCCCCCCUCCCUCCCUCCCUUCUGUAAUGAAAAAUCCAUGAAAAGGGUAAUUUAUGGUUUUGAAAUAAAGAUUGCAUCUUCAUAA